GACAGCGCGCUGUUCGUCUCCAUGCUGGGCUCUCCAGCGCCCGUCAUUUCUCACAGUCUUUCGUGUCCUUGAUUGCGUCUUGCAAUAUCUUACAGCUGCAACAACGUCAGCAGCUUUGCCUCGCGUUGGGCCGUCCUUGGUUCCCCCGUGUGAUCGAUCCAUCCAGAACUCGGCCAAAAACCAGUCUCUCGUCUCUCCUUGUCUCCUUUUUAUUUAUUAUUCUUCUGUAUUUAUCCCUCUCUCUCUCUUUUGCCUCCACCUCGUCUUGUUCAUUCCUUUUCAGACAUUCUUAUUCCUAUUAUUACCACCACUAAGCCUGUCUUUGUUUUGACCUUGUCGCUCCUUCGCAUGACGAUCCCUCUCCUUUCUCUCCAGUUGUCUUCACGCUUAUUCGCACCUGAACGCUCCCUUUUUCGACAACGCUCUAGAAAUUCCAUUAUGUCGCCGUGCAGUCUCCUAUCUAUACCCUAAGAAUUGUCUGAGAUAUCAUGUCGAGGUCAGAAAACGACACCGAAGUCACCGACGGGGUCAACACCCCUGCCACUCAACCACAUGCGCUGGGUCUUCCUCAGCCUCCUUCCGUCAGCGGGAUCUCGUCUCGAGUGACAGAUAUAACUUCCGACGAUGGAGAAUACUCCCAGUCGCAAACUGGAUACUCAUCCCAACCUCCGCGAUCACAGCCUCCUGGGUCAAGACGAGGUCUACCAGCAAGAAACUCCAUUGCGGCUUCUAGCCAGAUGACGAGCAGGCCCGGGAGUGCCAACAGUCGACUAAGUCGGAUGCACAUUCCCUCAUUAACAGCGCAGGCCUUUUUCCGCCCCAUGAGCUCCCAGCGGUUGCAGGCGCAUCGAGGAGGACGUCCAACAACGACAGAAACUUCCGCACGAAGUGAGGACUGGACCGACUACGCAAGUCAAAAUAGGCGAAGCUUGGCCUCAAACAGCACAGUCCCUCAGAGCUCCAUUCCGCAGGCUGAUACGGAGGUUCCUCCGUCACGGGGAACCGAGUUCACUGAUCCUGCCGCGACAGACUGGAGCACGGUAAGCCCUAGCCAGAGGGGUAAUACGACUGCUGCAAGGAACCUGAGAGAGAAUAUCAGAUUCUUCCAUGAUAAUGAAAAACGAAACACAACAGCCAGGGCCCAUAUUAAUUUGGGAAUUGACUACAAAACAACCCUCGGCCAGGAUCCGCCGCAGAGGUCGCCUCUUACGUUUUACUCGUUGCAAGGCGAGAGUGAGGAUCGGACUGAUGCUGCUGAACAGCUGCCUCCUGCAGACUCGGCUCCAGCACCUAGUUUCCUUGAAGGGAAACAGAAUCCCGAGUCUGCAGACGGGAAACUCGGCAAAAACUAUGAACAUUUCGUUGGCAACACCAUUUUCUUCUUAGGUGGGCGACUACAGAAUUCCAGAGACAAGCCGGUCAAUAUUGCUACCGCUAUACUCAUCGUUCUUCCAUCCGGUUUAUUUUUUGGGUAUUCGGCGCCCUGGUUGUGGCACCAUGUCUCGCCCGCCAUUCCCAUCAUAUACGCAUAUCUCUUCUUUAUAUGCAUGUCGUCGUUUAUCCAUGCUUCGGUUGUCGAUCCUGGAAUCUACCCCCGAAACCUCCAUCCGAAUCCUGACCCAGAUUUCUCAGAAAACCCUUUAGCGCCAGGUCCACCGACAAACGACUGGGUCAUGGUCAAGUUGGCCACCUCUGAGGUUGCAGCAAUGGACGUGCCGGUGAAGUACUGCAAAACCUGCAAUAUUUGGCGGCCACCUCGAUGUUACCAUUGCCGUGUAUGCAAUAAUUGUGUUGAGACCCUUGACCACCAUUGCGUCUGGCUGAACAACUGCGUGGGCCGGCGUAACUACCGGUACUUCCUAGCGUUUGUGGGCUCUGUGACAAUCCUCGCAUUCUAUUUAGUCGGCGCCAGCCUUGCGCAUGUCCUGGCUUACCGAACCCGUGAAAACGUCUCUUUUAGUCAUGCUGUCGACAAAUGGAGAGUUCCCUGGGCGAUGGUCAUAUACGGAGCCCUAGGAGUUUUAUACCCCGCUUCUCUCCUGUCGUACCACCUCUUUCUUACCGGCCGCGGCGAAACAACGAGGGAAUACCUCAAUUCCCAUAAGUUCGCCAAAAGCGACCGUCACCGGCCCUUUACGCAAGGCAACGUCUUGUCGAACUGGACUUCUGUCUUCAUACGACCGCGUCCACCCACAUAUAUGGAAUUCAAGCGGCCUUAUGAAUCAGGAGAUCAGCGAUUGAAUCCACGGAGACGUAAACGUCGCGUCAGAAACGCCGACGCUCAAACGGAUAUAGAGAUGCAGAGUGUCGGUGCCGGGCGAUAGGGUUGAAAAGUACCUAUUUGCUACAUAUUUCUGAAUCUGGCUGAAUGAUACCUCUUGUGUGCUUUCUGUUCUUCUUCACCAUCUUAUCCGGGAACUUUUUGUGUCGAGUUCAUGUCGAAUUUUUUUAAUAAUUUAUUGCAGCCAGUACUAUGUUUUCACUUCGCUUUCUUUCCUUCUUUUGUUCCCAGCUACUUUCAUCAUGCCAUUGUCUUUCUUUUGGGGAGGCGUCCUCUAUGUCCCACGUGUUUCCUUUAUCUUCAGUCUGGAGAAGUGAUACCCGCGUCAUGUUCGCGUAGUUCUACUUUGCUUUGAAGGGCGGGCUUCUCUUCUUGUGUUGUUUUACCGCGUGGGUUGCAGAAGCAGGAGGCGAUUGUACAACUACUACUACUACUACUACUACU